CGACUACAAUAUAUACUACCUGCCUAUGCUCGAUCUUGCUGAGACACCUAACGGGAACGUCAUCCUUGCUGCGUCCACGGACCUCACCGUAUCUAUCUUCGACCUCCGCGUUUCAUCCCUCUCAAGUCUCGUCCUCUACAGGCAUCAUGAUGCACCCCGUGACUCCAUCCUGCAUCGCCACAUCUGAAAGUGGGAAGCAGCAGGUGGUGACUGGCGGCUAUGAUGGCGUUGCACUGCUAUGGAACCCGCGGGGCACGAAAGGUGCUGUGACCGGUUUCAGGGCAUGGGAUGAGGUGAAGGUGCUUGCGGUGGAUUGGGUUGAGGAUGUGGUGGGCAUCGGAGGCAAGGGCGGUAUGGAGGUAUGGAGAAUGGCUGGGGGAUCCUAGGUUUGGUUAAAAUCCAAUCGUCUUGAGUCAGAUCGAGUCGCCUUGACCUCAACACUUUGAGUCCAGAUAUCCGCAAAAGCUAGCGCAAAAUCCAAAAUUCGUCAGGAUUCAAAAUUAAAACAUAUGUACAUGAGUACUUAAUCCAUUCUUGUCGUUCUCCCAUC